AUGUCGAAGCUCUCCAAGUCGGCUACGUUCCACGACUUCUGUUCAUCACCAUUAUCACCACUGUCACACGAUGCUGCCAUGCACGAAGCUGCAAUUCGGGAGACUGAGGCCGAUCACGCCGACGGCACUGAAGCCGACGACGGCAAUGAAGGUGAACGACCGCCACCGGUUCGACGCAACCACAUCACCAAAUUAAUUUUUAUUUCUUUAGCAGUUGUGCAAGAAUCGCCUGCUCUUGGCUCAGACGGCGAAAGUGUCGAGGUCUCACCGUGUACGUCAGACCAAACUCCUACGGGUGUUCCUCCAAGGUAUAUCGUCAAUGUGAAAAUGCGCCAAAAACCGUCUAGAAAAUGGAGCGAGGAGGAAAUCCAGAAACGGUUAUCAUUGCCAGCUGACUUACGGCUUCCUGUUAGUGUUGUUGAGAAAUUGAAUCGAACCCCAACGCUUGAUCAACCGUUGACGCGGAAAAAUCGGAGGGCUUCUCUGAGCGAAAUCGGUUUUGGUAAGCUGGAAACUUAUGAGAAGUUGGACAAGCUCGGUGAAGGCACUUACGCGACCGUAUACCGAGGACGUUCACUGCUUACGAAUAAUUUCGUCGCACUCAAGGUGAGUAGUGCCUGA